UCUCUCACUAAGCAAAACAAGCUUCGGAAGACUUGAGCGGCGUUUCCCUGCAGGAAACAGCUCCGUUCAGCUCAUACGGUGUCGUUUAUUCGAGGUUGUCCUAAAGCUCGGCGUCGACUGCUGCACUUUCAGCCCGAUACAAUGCUGCAGCUGAACGACACCGUGGAGCCUGAGAGUCCUGGGGCCGCAGUGCUACACGCAGCCGAGGUGGAGGACGGGGUGGAGGUUGCCUUCACGCCGCCUGCGGCCCGUCACAGUCGUGGCUUUGAAGCCGCCUCCGUAGCCUGCUGCUCCCCGCUACAGAAACUAACGCCCUUUCGCGUCCACAACCCAACGAUGCAGGCAAAAGUCAAGGAUUACUUUGUGUUUAGGCCAGGAACCAUAGAGCAAGCAGUGAACGAUAUCCGCACAGUGGCCUUGCCUUCAGAAGAUGGUGAAGUUCUGAGUGUGUGGCUUUUGGCAGAAAUUGAUCACUGGAACAAUGAAAAGGAGAGACUGGUGCUGAUAACAGAGAGAUCUUUGCUGGUUUGCAAAUAUGACUUCAUAAACUUGCAGUGUCAGCAGGUCAUCAGAAUUUCCUUGAAUGCCGUGGACACAAUUUCGGUCGGGGAGUUUGAGUUUCCCCCUAAAUCUCUCAACAAGAGAGAAGGCACUGGUAUCCGUGUGCAGUGGGAUAAACGGCCGAGGCCUUCAUUCCUAAACCGUUGGAACCCCUGGUCCACUGACAUGCCCUACGCCACAUUCACAGAGCACCCAAUGGCCCACGCUGAUGAAAAGGUGGCUUCCCUCUGCCAGCUGGAGAACUUUAAAACUCAGCUUAUCCAAGCUGUAAAGAAGGCCCACAAGGAGUGCCCCAUCCCAGGACGGGCCAACGGAGUGCUGCUGCUGGAGCGGCCCCUCCUAAUAGAGACUUACCUUGGCAUCAUGUCCUUCAUCAACAACGAGGCCAAACUAGGCUACUCCAUGACCAGGGGCAAAAUUGGCUUCUAGUUCUCCCUGAUCACCAACCAGGCACCACCACUGACUGGUAUCGCUACACUCAAGAAUGUCAAGCUAAGUGAACCCUUUUGUGUCGCUUGCCAGAUGUCAGUGGGGGUGCCCUCUCCACCCUGACAGUAUGUGUCACUGACUCUGCAGCAUGUGCCGGGAAGCAUCUGAUGCCAACAUUGAUGCCUCCUUACUGGGCAGUUCCAUCCAGCUUUUCCCCCCUCUGUGCCCCACAACCUACCAAAUGGAUUUUUAAAGAGUCUGUUUGAUGAUGUGGGAUGAGUUGGAGUACGUGAUGGCUGAUGGAGCUUUGUAUGUAGCAGUGGUAGAAAGGGAUGAACAUAUAUCUGCCAUAAUAACGUUUGGCAUUAGCCAUGAAUAAUUUGACCUCAGAGUCUAAUUUAACUUUUCCCUUUAUUAGCAAGCUAAGAUAGCAGCCUUAGGCCUUUAAGAGGAUCUUUAUACUCAUAAAUCUCUUUUUCAAACAUGGUUCUUUGGGGAACCAAACUGCUUCCUCUGUGGCAUUGUGCAAAAAAACCAUGUGACCCUCUGUGGUCUUUUUUUUUUGUUUUGUUUAAGAGGGAUGUCAAGUCAUUCUCUCACAGUGACAUGAAACCCUGACAGUAAGAAAAUGUUCUUUGUAAUUAAGAAGGUGAAUAGCCAUAAUUUCUUAGUAAUCAAUCAGAAACCUACAGCCAAUUUGUUCUUGCUUUUGAUUUUCUAGACCUUUUAAUGCAGCAGCACUUUGAGUGUCUGUUACUGUGGAAUUAUGUAAUGGCAUCCAUAAGCUUAUGGAACAAAAUUUAGUCCUUAAUGCUUGUUAGAAAAGGAAAAUUGUUAGCAUUAGUUAUCACCAACUUUAAAUUGUAUAGGAGACAGAUGUUUAAAUUCAGCUACUGUGAUGAAAGUUGUGAUAGUAUGUAAAAUGCUAAUAAAAACAAAGCAGUGGUUAGAAAAUUGACCUAUAUAAAACUGAAAACGGUACAGAGCACAAUUUGUUUUAUCUUAUGAAUUUUAUUAUUUUGGGGGUUUUCUGUAAGUAUAUGCUCAUUCCAAACAUGCUGCCUGCACCAUGUUCCAGCAAGUCAGGACACAAGCAUAUUUACCACUGUGUUACAUUACCUUUCCUUUUAAAAGCACUUAAUCAUUUGGGGACUCAAGAUAUUAAUUGAUCCAGUUUUGAAAGUCUAAUUUUUUACCAUUAUACAGUUAAAGAAAGUCUACAGCUGCGCAAACGUACGGGGCUUAGUUAUCAUAUUUUUCAUUUCGUAAUGCGCUGCACGUUUUCAAUAGAAGACAGGCAGGUCAGUCUAACUGAUUACACAACCACACUGUUUUAACAUGUGCACAAUGUUUCUCGCUAUUGCCCUGUUGGAAUAAGCAUGGACAGACUCUGGCUUUUGAACUUCACGCUGGUAACAAUCUGGAUGUUCCUUUUCUUCUUUGCCCUGGAGAACACAACGUCUGUUGUUUCCAUUAUUAAAAACAAUCUGAAAGGUUGACAUAUCACAACACGUUUCUAGUGUGCAACAGUCCAUUUUAGAUGAGCUCAACCCCAGAAAAGUCGGCAGCGUUUCUGGAUGUUAUUGACAUAUGCCUUCCAUAGUGCAUAGAAGUCUUAACUUGCAUUAGUGGAUGCAGCAAUAAACAGUUUGUCAAAGUAUUCCCAAGCCCAUUUGGUGAUGUCCAUCACAGAAGCAUGCUGGUUGUUUAUGCAGUGCCGUCUGAGGGAUCGAAAGUCACGGGCUAUUCAGUUGUGGUUUUUGGCCUUGCUUUUUUUUAUGCAGAGAUUUUUCCGGAUUCCCGUAUUCUUUUGACGAUACAAUGCUCUGUAGGGAGUGAAAUACCUAAAAUCUUUGCAAACACUUGAUAAGAAUGUUGGACUAUUUGCAGAUGCAUUUUUUUUUACCCUUACUUUAGGCCUUUCCUGAAUGGUAUUUGUAUACCCAAGCAUGGGUACAUCACCUAUUCUAAAAUGUUUUCUAUGCAUUUAACAUCUGUAGUCUUAAACUGCUCAUGCCCCAACUAUUUUGGAACAAGCUGUAGGCAUCGAUUUCAGAAUGACCGUAUAUUUACAAAAACCAAUGCUGAUAUGGUAAAACAUUAAAUAUGUUGUCUUUGUACUGCUUGCAUUUAAAUACUGGUCAAAGCAGAAUUACAAACACUACUUCUUGUUUUUUCAUAUGACAUACCAUCACAGCUUUUUUGUAACUUUGUAAACAACACUGAAGGAGUCUGGAAGCAAAGGCUGAUUACUUGUUUAUCCCUAUGUACAGCACCUUAAAUUUAGUGCACUGACUUUUUUUGUUAGAGAGAGAGACCAGCCAGUGAUUUCUGAAUUGAAUUGAAUUCAUUGAAUACAUUGAAUAGGCCACAGAAUUGAAUAAAGCAAAACAUGACAAUUAUAGCUAGUUAAUUAUUCCAGUGAAAUAUGGCUGUUCGUAAACAGGUUUGUUCCUAAUUUAUUUCACUUAAAGCUCGGAAGCACAUGCAUAAUAGUUGGAACAGAUAAGCUGGCUUUCAAUCCAAAUAUUGCCAUUUAUAAUGAAUUAAUUUUACCCUGUUGUACUCACUGAUUAUAAAUAUGAAACAAAUGUCAAUACAUAUAGUUAAUACUAUAUAAAGCUCCACAUUUAAAAAUGAUAGCUGUUCAAAUGGAUUUUCGGAGGCAUUACCACUAGAAGACUUAUCUUAACAACCUUUGGUGUGUCUCAGCUUUAUUAUUCAUUACAUUUCAUCACCUCCAAGUAAUAACAUCAAGGCAUGUUUUAUCAGUAACGUUAGGAAUAAGUCAUAUUAUCAUCAAAUUUGGCAGUGACUUUGUUUUGAAAGAACUCUCUCUUUUUUUUAAUUUGUUUGACUGUCUACUAAUGUUAUUCCCUGCUCAGGUUAGGUUAGCACACUUGCUAGUUUCAAAUGAUAUUAAAAGUUGAAGCAAAGGUGUUUAGCUUGGAGGUGAAUAUGGGUUCUCAGAUGUGUCUUUGCUUGUGCUUGUUUUUAUUUAUACCUUUUUUUUCCUUUUUCUUUUUCCUGCUUUCACUUCAGUGUUUAGUGAUGUAUUUGUACCAAAGUGCUAAAGUCAUAAUGGUGGCACUGUUUCUGAAGUCAGGUUCUUUUCUUCUUCUUUCUUGUGGUAAAAAUGUAUAAAGUUUUGCAUGUCAUCUAUGCAUGUGGUUUACUGGGUGUGAAAAGUCUGGUUUUAUGCAUAUGACAUUUGUACUCUGGUCAUGGCUUCAAAUCACCCAUUACAGCUUUAAAGCACAUUUUCUCUGUCAAAAUAUUUAUAAUUAAGACUCAUAAGUGCAAGAUUACUGUUAUUAAUCAAUUUAUCCACACCUAACUGAUGGGGCAGUUUCUAAAACCCAAAGUAGACCUGGUGUUAGUCGUUCUACUGCAACAAUUUUCCAGAUACAUAUUUAAAAAGAAACCAGCCUCAGCGUUGUAGUCUUAAUUUUGUUGCCAUUACUGCUGAUAUCCAUCCUUUGGGUUUGUACUGUAACAAUGACCGUGCUCAAAGUAAAUAAAAUGACUACAUUCUUUUA